GGCCGGGAGGAGCCGCCGGGGUAGAAGCCGCACUUGUUAGUGUGGUGGGAGGAGGGGGCCGGGGGACGCCGACGCCGACACCGUCACCCAGGGACGCCGAGAAGGCGGGAGUGGGGGUGGGGGCGAGGUCAGGCUCCGACCCCCGGCCGAGGGGAUGAGGGGAGCAUGGGCGCCAAGGAGUCACGGAUCGGAUUCCUCAGCUACGAGGAGGCGCUGAGGAGAGUUACAGAUGUGGAGCUAAAGCGACUCAAAGAUGCCUUCAAGAGGACCUGUGGACUCUCGUAUUACAUGGGCCAGCUCUGCUUCAUCAGGGAAGUGCUUGGGGAUGGAGUGCCUCCAAAAGUUGCUGAGGUGAUUUACUGUUCUUUUGGUGGAACAUCUAAAGGGCUGCACUUCAAUAACUUAAUAAUUGGACUUGUUCUCCUUACAAGAGGAAGAGAUGAAGAGAAAGCAAAAUACAUUUUUAGUCUUUUUUCAAGUGAAUCCGGGAACUAUGUUGUACGAGAAGAAAUGGAAAGAAUGCUGCAUGUGGUGGAUGGUACAGUCCCAGAUACACUCAGGAAGUGUUUUGCAGAGGGUGAAAAGGUAAAUUAUGAAAAGUUUAGAAAUUGGCUGCUUCUAAACAAAGAUGCUUUUACCUUCUCCCGUUGGCUGCUGUCCGGAGGUGUGUAUGUCACCCUCACAGAUGAUAGUGACACUCCUACUUUCUACCAAACUUUGGCUGGAGUCACACAUUUGGAAGAAUCAGACAUCAUUGAUCUUGAGAAACGUUAUUGGUUGCUAAAGGCUCAAUCCCGGACUGGAAGAUUUGAUUUAGAGACAUUUGGCCCAUUGGUUUCACCACCUAUUCGUCCAUCUCUAAGUGAAGGCUUAUUUAAUGCUUUCGAUGAAAAUCGUGACAAUCACAUAGAUUUUAAAGAGAUAUCUUGUGGGUUGUCAGCCUGUUGCAGGGGGCCCCUUGCUGAAAGACAAAAAUUUUGCUUCAAGGUGUUUGAUGUUGAUCGUGAUGGGGUGCUCUCCAGAGUUGAACUCAGAGACAUGGUGGUUGCACUUUUAGAAGUCUGGAAGGACAACCGCACCGAUGAUAUCCCUGAGUUACAUAUGGAUCUCUCUGACAUUGUAGAAGGCAUAUUGAAUGCACAUGACACCACAAAGAUGGGCCAUCUUACUCUGGAAGACUAUCAGAUCUGGAGUGUGAAAAAUGUUCUUGCCAAUGAAUUUUUGAAUCUCCUUUUCCAGGUUUGUCACAUAGUUCUUGGUUUAAGACCAGCUACUCCAGAAGAAGAAGGACAAAUUAUUCGGGGAUGGUUAGAACGAGAGAGCAGAUAUGGCCUGCAGCCAGGUCAUAAUUGGUUUAUCAUCUCAAUGCAGUGGUGGCAGCAAUGGAAAGAAUAUGUCAAAUAUGAUGCCAACCCUGUUGUAAUUGAGCCAUCAUCUGUUAUGAAUGGAGGAAAAUAUUCAUUUGGAGCAACAGUACAUUGUAUGGAACAGAGUGAAGUUGGAGGCAGCAUCAGUUAUGGGAAUGCAGAAGAGAAAUUUUCAGACAAUGUUUCUUCUGCAUCUGAAGCCUCGGAAACCACUGGCAGUGGCUUUCUGUAUUCUGCCUCACCUGGGGCAGAUAUGUGUUUUGCUCGACAACACAACACUUCUGACAAUAACAACCAAUGUUUGUUAGGCGCCAAUGGGAAUAUUUUGUUACACCUUAAUCCUCAGAAACCAGGGGCUAUUGAUAAUCAGCCACUAGUAACUCAAGAACCAGUAAAGGCUACAUCAUUAACACUAGAAGGAGGACGAUUAAAACGAACUCCACAACUGAUCCAUGGAAGAGAUUAUGAAAUGGUCCCAGAACCUGUAUGGAGAGCACUUUAUCAUUGGUAUGGAGCAAACCUGGCCCUACCUAGACCAGUGAUCAAGAAUAGCAAGACAGACAUCCCAGAACUGGAAUUGUUUCCUUGCUACCUUCUCUUCCUGCGACAGCAGCCUGCCACCCGGACACAGCAAUCCAACAUCUGGGUGAAUAUGGGUAUGAUGAGCCUGAGAAUGUUUCCUCAACAUUUACCAAGAGAUAACAUGAGAGGCAAGAUGUGUUGUUGCGCUUUUAGAAAUGUACCUUCUCCGAAUGCACCUUUAAAGCGAGUCUUAGCCUAUACAGGCUGUUUUAGUCGAAUGCAGACCAUCAAAGAGAUUCAUGAAUAUCUGUCUCAAAGGCUGCGCAUCAAAGAAGAGGAUAUGCGCCUGUGGCUGUACAAUAGUGAGAAUUACCUUACACUUCUGGAUGAUGAAGAUCAUAGAUUGGAAUAUUUGAAAAUCCAGGAUGAACAGCAUCUGGUCAUUGAGGUCCGCAACAAAGACAUGAGUUGGCCUGAGGAGAUGUCCUUUAUAGCGAACAGCAGUAAAAUAGAUAGACACAAGGUUCCCACAGAAAAGGGAGCUACUGGUCUGAGUAACCUGGGAAAUACAUGCUUCAUGAAUUCAAGCAUCCAGUGUGUUAGCAACACACAGCCAUUGACACAGUAUUUUAUCUCAGGGAGACAUCUUUAUGAACUCAACAGGACAAAUCCCAUCGGUAUGAAAGGUCAUAUGGCUAAAUGCUAUGGUGAUUUAGUACAGGAGCUCUGGAGUGGGACUCAGAAGAAUGUUGCCCCAUUAAAGCUUCGGUGGACAAUAGCCAAAUACGCACCAAGGUUUAAUGGAUUCCAACAACAAGACUCCCAGGAGCUUCUGGCUUUUCUCUUGGAUGGUCUCCAUGAGGAUCUGAACCGAGUCCAUGAGAAGCCAUAUGUGGAACUCAAGGACAGUGAUGGCCGACCAGAUUGGGAAGUAGCUGCCGAGGCGUGGGACAACCAUCUGAGGAGAAAUCGAUCAAUUGUUGUGGAUCUGUUUCAUGGGCAGCUAAGAUCCCAGGUUAAAUGUAAGACAUGUGGACAUAUAAGUGUCCGAUUUGACCCCUUCAAUUUUUUGUCUUUGCCACUACCAAUGGAUAGUUACAUGCAUUUAGAAAUAACAGUAAUUAAGUUAGACGGUACAACCCCUGUACGAUACGGACUAAGACUAAAUAUGGAUGAAAAGUACACUGGUUUGAAAAAACAACUGAGUGACCUCUGUGGUCUUAAGCCAGAACAAAUCCUUCUUGCAGAAGUACACAGUUCCAACAUAAAGAACUUCCCUCAGGACAACCAAAAAGUACGACUGUCAGUGAGUGGAUUUUUGUGUGCAUUUGAAGUUCCCAUCCCUGCAUCUCCGGCUUCUGCUUCCAGUCCGAUACAGACAGAUUUAUCAUCUUCCCCAUCUACAAAUGGCAUAUUCACACUAGCCACCAAUGGGGAUCUGCCCCGACCAAUCUUCAUCCCUAAUGGAAUGCCAAACACUGUCGUGCCGUGUGGAACUGAAAAGAACUUCACAAAUGGACUGGUGAAUGGUCAUGCACAAUCUCUUCCUGGCAAUCCCUUUACAGGGUACAUCAUUGCUGUCCACCGAAAAAUGAUGAGGACAGAACUGUAUUUCCUGUCAUCUCAGAAGAAUCGCCCCAGCCUUUUUGGAAUGCCGUUGAUUGUUCCCUGUACUGUGCAUACCCGGAAGAAAGACCUCUAUGAUGCAGUUUGGAUUCAAGUAUCACGAUUAGCCAGCCCACUGCCACCUCAGGAAGCUAGCAACCAUGCUCAGGAUUGUGAUGACAGCAUGGGCUAUCAAUAUCCAUUCACUCUACGAGUUGUGCAAAAAGAUGGAAACUCUUGUGCUUGGUGCCCAUGGUACAGAUUUUGCAGAGGCUGCAAAAUUGAUUGUGGGGAAGAUAGAGCUUUCAUUGGAAAUGCUUAUAUUGCCGUGGACUGGGACCCCACAGCCCUUCACCUUCGCUAUCAAACUUCCCAGGAAAGAGUUGUGGAAGAGCACGAGAGUGUGGAGCAGAGUCGGCGAGCACAAGCUGAGCCCAUCAACCUGGACAGCUGUCUCCGUGCAUUCACCAGCGAGGAGGAGCUGGGGGAGAAUGAGAUGUACUACUGCUCCAAGUGUAAGACCCACUGCUUGGCAACCAAGAAACUGGAUCUCUGGAGGCUUCCCCCGAUCCUGAUUAUUCACCUUAAACGAUUCCAGUUUGUAAAUGGUCGAUGGAUAAAAUCACAGAAAAUUGUUAAAUUUCCUCGUGAGAGUUUUGACCCUAGUGCUUUUUUGGUACCAAGAGACCCCACUCUCUGCCAGCGUAAACUACUCACAGCCCAAGGUGAUGACCGGUGUGAGCCAAGGGUUCUGGCAGGAGAAGUGAAGAGGCCGGAUGCCCAGAGUUCAGCUGGGGAAGAGGAUGUGCUACUCAGCAAGAGCCCGUCCUCCCUCAGCGCGAACAUCGUCGGGAGCCCGAAAGGUUCACCUUCUUCAUCCAGAAAGAGUGGAACCAGCUGUCCCUCCAGCAAAAACAGUAGCCCUAACAGCAGCCCAAGGACUUUGGGGAGAAGCAGAGGGAGGCUCCGGCUACCCCAGAUUGGCAGCAAAAAUAAACUGUCGAGUAGUAAAGAGAACUUAGAUGCCUGCAGAGAAAAUGGGGCUGGCCAGAUCUGUGAACUGACUGAUGCUUUGAGCCGAAUGCAUAUACUGGGAGGCAGCCAGCCUGAACUUGUCACCCCUCAGGACCACGAGGUAGCUUUGGCCAAUGGAUUUCUUUAUGAGCAUGAGGCAUGUAGCAAUGGCUAUAGCAGUGGUCAGCUUGGAAAUCACAGUGAAGAAGACAGCAUUGAUGACCAAAGAGAUGACACUCGUAUUAAGCCCAUUUAUAAUCUUUAUGCAAUCUCGUGCCAUUCAGGAAUUCUGGGUGGGGGUCAUUACGUCACAUAUGCCAAAAAUCCAAACUGCAAGUGGUACUGUUACAAUGACAGCAGCUGUAAGGAACUUCACCCUGAUGAAAUUGACACCGAUUCUGCCUACAUUCUUUUCUAUGAGCAACAGGGAAUAGAUUGUGCACAAUUCCUGCCUAAGAUCGAUGGCAAAAAGAUGGCGGACACAAGCAGCAUGGACGAAGACUUUGAGUCCGAUUACAAAAAGUACUGUGUGUUACAGUAGAGUACCACUCUGGCUGCUAGACAGGCUGUUGGUGAGGGAGAGGAGUCCUUGUAGCUGACAUUUGGCAAAGGCAUCAGUGAAAGGCAAGCUAAAUGUAGUUAUUUUAUCCUGUGACCCUGAAGCACAAAAUAAAAUUCCUAAUUAAAAUAGCA